AACUGUUGUGCGUACCCGUUACCCCGCCAUACAGCCGGCUGCCACAGAGUACUCGCACUACAGAGGAUCGCAGCUUUCCGCUCGCUACAAACCUCAUUCGACGCGCGGCGCUCUAGCUGUCGCUACACUGCAUGCGCUCCGACGCGACACCCGAACAUGCGUGCGCAAUGUUUACAUCCCGCGUCGCGAUACGAUAAACAGUGAAAGCUCCGUCAACUGUGUGUGUGAGGUUAUUCUAAGGACACUAGUGUUGCCAUUUCAAGGAUAUUAUGACGUUUUCCGGCGGAAUGAAGGAGAAUAAACAACGAAAAGACUGUUGGGAGUCAGAGCUCGGUUACGGCUGGACUCAGACUGGACAACGGCGAUGUCGGUCAAAUAGGCCAGAGUCAACGAUGUCGGUCAGCAGUGACAUCAGGUUCACUCGGCGGAAGAUGAGCCGACCCUGCAGGGGAUGCUGCGCGGCUCUGGCAGCUCUGCUGGUGCUGCUACUCUUUGCUGCAGUAGCUAUUUACCUCGGCCAUAUGUUCCUGUUUGGAGAUCCGUUAAAGCGGCAGACAUUCAAAGGAUCGUUUAUAGCCACGGCGUGGGGUCACAGAGAGGAAGGCGAUUUCGACGCAAAUGACAACAGCACCAGCGAGGGGGAGAUGCGGCAGAUGCUCUAUAAUAUCUACAGCAACUCGGAACUGCGCUCUUGUUUCGUAUCCGCUGAUAUUCUUGCGUUAGACAAUGCAGAUGAUGGGACGCGGGUUCACUUCGAGGUGUCAUUUGAACCAAUAUUUACUGCAGUGAGCACGACAGACGUCAAGUCAGUGAUGCAGCGAGCGAUUCUUGCACCUUAUUUCGCCGCUGCCGGAGCUCAGCCAGAUACUCUACAGAUCGAGGAAAGUUCUGUGAUAUCGUCGCAAGCUCUGAAAGAAAGUGAAACCACGAUCGCCGAGCCGCCCACAACUGAGCCGAUGAUGCCCGACGUUGAAGAGCUGCAGGAAUGUUCGCCGCUAGUACUCUCGCUGUGUUCCCAUUUGCCGUACAACAUUACUACAUACCCCAACUUGGUGGGUCACGCCACCAAGGACAUACUGUUGCGUGACCUCGUGGCGUUCAGAGAGUUGUUAGAUGCAGAAUGCUCGCACCUUGCUCAAGACUUCGUAUGUCAAAUGUUGCAACCGCGAUGUGAGGAAGGUCGACUGGUGUAUCCAUGUCGUUCCUACUGUCGUAAGUUCCACGCGGGAUGCGGGUCGCGCCUCCCAGACCGACUGAAGCCCCAUUUCGACUGCGCCCGGUUCCCAGACUACUUUGGACCCGGCUCCUGCGCACCCGAACCAGAUUGUCACAAUAGCCUCCAGCGGCUCGCCCUCUCCCGGCGCUUGUGCGACGGCCUGCCGGACUGCGCUGAUGCAUCAGACGAGCGGGAGUGCUCCCACUGCUCGUCGGUGGGGAGUAACAGCCUGCGGUGCGCGCUGCACGACAGAUGUUUGCCGCCACACCUGCGCUGCGACGGAACACCCGACUGUGCUGAUGGCAGCGACGAAUCAGGCUGCUUAUGGGUGACUCGAUCAUUAGCUUCGUGGAAGAGAGAGAACAGCGAGACCACGUUGGGGUCAAUCCGCAGUAGAGUCGGGUACGCCGUAUGGGCGGAGCGAGGUCAUUAUGGUAAAAUCUGUGCGGCGCCGCAUGAGGACAACAAGCAAGCCUUGAUGAGCGUCGCGACUUCGUUGUGCACAUCCCUAUCAUUUAGAUCAGCAAUAACAGCCGAAGUUGUACCUGAUAUGGAAGAGUUCGACGAAGACGCCGGUAACAGUACAACGAAAAAAUCACUGCCUGAAUAUGUGGAGAUAGUGGACCCGAACGCGCCUGAGAUUUCUUUCAUUCGGAGCGAAUGUCCCGAGAAAAAAGUUAUCAAAGUUGUCUGCGAUCAGUUAGUAUGUGGAGUCCCGUCGGCUCGCGGCGCAAGGUCGGCAGACGGGGUGGAAGGAUUGCCUCGUUCUGCUCAGCCUGGUGACUGGCCCUGGCACGCGGUGCUCCUCAGAUCCCACGUGCAUGCAUGCGAUGCAAUCCUCGUGCACGCCUCCUGGCUUAUAUCUACUGCUUCUUGUUUUCAGGGACAACCGAAAGCUGAGUGGACUGCAAGAUUAGGAUCGGUACGAGUUCAAAGCACAACACCCUGGCAGCAGGAACGGCGAAUAGUAGGGAUGGUGCGAUCUCCGGUAGAAGGCAGCAUGCUCGCACUAAUUCGACUGGAGGAGCCAUUGGAAAUGACCGACUUCGUUCGACCAGCCUGCUUGCCAGGAAAUGGUUUUAAGAUGGACAAUAAAAGCACUUGUAAUACGCUUGGUUGGAGAAGGAAUAGAGAUCAACUACAGAGAGUUCAUUUAGUGGCAACUUCGAUGAAUACUUGCGAGAACGUCAGUAUCGCUACUGGGAAUGGUAUUUGUGCGGAGCCGCUUUACGAUCAGGAUGACUGCGACGAAGAAGAAUACGCUGGCAGUUCCAUGAUGUGUUUCGAUGGAGUCAGUAAACACUGGUCGUUAGUCGGAGUCAGUGGUUGGCGCAUAGCUUGCACCAAGAUCGGUUUAGGAAGGCCUCGGAUUUACGAUGACGUCACAUCACAUGUGGAUUGGAUUCUCAAAACUAUAUCGAAUUCCUCUAGGUGACAAUACCUAGCAACAUUAAAAGACUGCAGUAACAAAAAGUAAAAUAAUACUUGUAUAGAUGACAGUGAUUAUUAGUACCUACCUACCUAGCUAUAGACUGUAGCAGAUUUUUUUAAUUUAUUUGUGGGUAGUGACAAUUAUCUACCAAAAAAGAGAAGAGAGAAUUAAUGGAUCUAGAAAUAUUAUUAAUACCUGAAACUGAAUCUCCUCUAAAAUACUGUAACAUGUAAACAAUCACUGACACUAAUAUUAAUGUUGAUGAAACUCAACUAAAUGCCAUGAGAACAGAAUGUGAAAACCACAUUCGUUCCAUAACUUUCUUUUGUCAUCACAUCAUUCAUAUUAAUAUUUGGUCCCAGCUUUAGGUGUGAUUAAUUUUCUAUAAGUAUUUCUUCGAAAUUGUUCUGUUUCGUGUUUAUAACUCUAUUAACCUACAGUGGGUGAACAGGUCAACAUUGUUGCCUGACAAAAUUACUCAGGCAGCAUGUUUAUCUAAACCAUAAACCAUCUGGUUAACACAAGUGGUUACGAAUAUGUUGAAGUAGUAUAAGUUUGAAAGGGUUUAUAUGAUGCCGUUGAUGGAAGAAGCCAACGGUGAACGAAGUAUGUCAAGUCCCUGGCCAAUGGGGGUUUCAUUUCUGCCUGCUUUGACACAGUUGUGGCUAGUUAGACAUUACACCAGUAAUACGGAAAUGAUGCAGUAAAUACAUUGACCUUUGAUUGAUGUGUAUAUUUAGGUAUCUAACUAUAAACACUAACCUAACAGAUAAGAUAUUUGCAAGUUUGUGUAUGUCAGGUGAACCAUGAGAUUGACAACUAUAAGGAAUACUAUUUUUACAGUAACACAAGUACAGUUUUUUCUGAAUGCUUAACAUAACUGCUCUCAAAUAAACAAAAUUGCAACCAAACUAGUUUGUAAUAAAGGUGAUAUGAAUGAAAGGUCUUCCUCAAGAAAAAUAGGACUAAUCUACAUUGCAUAUUUUGAUUUAUAAUCUUGUAUAGUUUUUGUUGCAUGGCAAGCUAAUUUUUUUUUGGUCAUUUAAAGUUACACUGAGUAGUGGUACAGAAAAUAAAGAAAAAUAUUUUGUAAGGCCAAAAAGUUCAAAAUAGUGUACUUGGCUAAAUAUAUAUUGCCUAUUAUUGAAAUCAAAGUUUAAAAUUUAUAAAUGCAUAUUUUAUAGGUACAAACCCAUUGUUAAUAUUUAAUAAUUAUAUUAGUUUAUAGUCAUUUAUUGUAAAUAUAAUGAUAAUGUUGUUUUUGCAAUUAAUAAUAAAUUAGUUUGUUUACAA